GCAGCAAACGUGCUGGACCCACGUGUGACCCGUGCAGUACAUUUACUGGCGCUUGUAUCUUAGGUUCGUCGGGGCGGUGAAUCUAAAUUCCUGGAGUCCUCUGAGUGCAAGGCCAUGGCUCGGAAAAGCACGACAGACCACGACAAUAACCUACUUUACGGAGGAGACCUAGGCUCCGAGGUGAGCAGGCGCAGGGUCACCGUGGCCCCCAGAGAAGAGAGAUUUACCAAGAAAAGUGAUGAAGCCAGGGAGAUGAUUUCCAAUCCGGAUUUGGAACAAGUCCGUUCUAGCAGGGCGGGCCCUACGGUACCCCCAGCCGCUCCCUCUCCUCCAGUGGAGGGACCACAAGGGCUAAGGGGGCUUUUACAUCACUCCAGGAAGGUUCCCAUCAAGUCCUUGGGGUUGGUCUUCGAAGAUGCCCAGUGCAGAGUAGCAAAGAAGUGCAUGUUCAAGGCUCUCCACCAACCCCAAAGCACCGCUGAGGACUUCCAAGGCUUUUCUGAGCAGUUUGAAAGCAUCAGCGAUGCGAUCCUUCGAAUCCACGUAUGGAAAAUGUACUGA